UUACGAAACGGUUCCGGCUAGUUUCCAGAAGACGGGGUUCCGGCUGGCGUGCGUCUCCAUUGUUGGCCGAAGAAUAAUCGGAAAUCGCACUUACGUGUUCUUACUGAAGCAACUUUGAAUUAAAAAUGGCGGAUAAUGACGAUCUUCUGGAUUACGAAGAUGAGGAGCAGAAUGAGCAGCCCGAUGGGAGCGGAGAUGUUCCCGCAAAGAAGGAAGUGAAGGGCACGUACGUCUCCAUCCACAGCAGUGGAUUCAGAGAUUUCCUCCUGAAGCCGGAGAUUUUGCGUGCUAUCGUCGAUUGUGGCUUUGAACAUCCAUCCGAAGUGCAACAUGAAUGUAUUCCUCAAGCGGUACUUGGAAUGGAUAUAUUGUGUCAAGCAAAGUCCGGUAUGGGAAAAACUGCUGUAUUUGUAUUAGCUACUCUCCAGCAACUGGAAUUGACGGAGAAUCAAGUCUAUUGCCUGGUGAUGUGCCACACUCGAGAAUUGGCGUUCCAAAUCAGUAAGGAAUACGAAAGAUUCAGCAAAUACAUGCCGCAUGUGAAGGUCGGUGUAUUUUUCGGCGGCUUACCUAUUCAGAAAGAUGAAGAUUUCUUGAAGACUGUAUGUCCCCACAUUGUCGUUGGUACCCCCGGUCGUAUCCUCGCUCUUGUGCGGAAUAAGAAGUUGAACUUGAAGCAUCUGAAGCAUUUCAUAUUAGACGAGUGCGAUAAAAUGCUUGAAUUACUAGAUAUGCGCCGAGACGUACAGGAAAUAUUUCGAAGCACGCCGCAUAGCAAGCAAGUUAUGAUGUUCAGCGCCACGUUGUCCAAGGAUAUACGUCCUGUCUGCAAAAAGUUCAUGCAAGAUCCCAUGGAAGUCUACGUCGAUGACGAGGCGAAGCUCACCUUAAACGGUCUUCAACAACAUUAUGUUAAACUGAAGGAGAACGAGAAGAAUAAGAAGUUGUUUGAACUCCUGGACGUACUGGAGUUCAAUCAGGUCGUUAUAUUUGUGAAGUCUGUACAAAGAUGUAUGGCUUUGGCUCAACUCCUGACAGAGCAGAACUUCCCUGCGAUUGGAAUUCACCGAGGCAUGACGCAAGAGGAACGAUUAUCCAGAUAUCAGCAAUUUAAAGAUUUUCAGAAACGCAUCUUGGUAGCGACAAACCUGUUCGGACGUGGUAUGGAUAUAGAACGCGUCAAUAUCGUGUUCAAUUACGACAUGCCGGAAGAUUCUGACACAUAUUUGCACAGAGUAGCACGUGCUGGUCGUUUCGGUACAAAGGGUCUUGCUAUCACGUUAGUCAGCGACGAGAGUGAUGCUAAGAUACUGAAUGACGUUCAGGAAAGGUUUGAUGUUAACAUCACAGAAUUACCGGACGAAAUCGAUCUUGCUUCUUACAUUGAAGGACGAUGAACUGAACCUGCACCGUUUUAUUUUACAAUAAGAUCGUAAAGCACACAUAAAUGUUUCUUCUAAAGCUGUCAAUUCCACCUCAAAUAUAAAAGUUUGAUGUGAAAUAAUAUUUACAAAUACAUGUAAGCCAGAAAUAUUCUGUAAACACAUCCGUUACAAGAUGUAUUUCUGCGUCAGAUAAUUUAAUUGGCAAUUAGACGUUGGUUUAUAUGGUCAUACUAUAAUCAUAGUUACUUAAUCUUUAAAUCCAACAAUAAAUAAUUAUUAAUAAGAAAAUUGCAUUAUAUAUAUCUUAUUCCAUGAUUAGAGAAUAAGUGCUAUGUAUAAUAGAUGUGUCAGUGAUUUUACUCUCACGUAAGUGUAACCAUGUAAACCAUCAAAAAUAAAAACUCUUUUAUAAGCA